UUCUACAUCGCGCUGUCUUCGUUCGAUCAUUCCGCGUUUGGUUUUUUUUGCGUCGUCGUAUUAUUUAUUUAAAUUUUUCCGGGCAUAUUUUAUGCACUCGAUAAAAAUGUAACUAUCGCAUUUUUUGUCCUUCUGCGAAUAUAUCUCUUAAUUUUGUCCUAGGUUUAAUCUCACGUUAAUUCUUUAUAUAUUUUUGUACAGUGAAUACUGUUUUGUUCUUUGUACAAACUGUUAUCUUUUCGUCGAGCUCGCUGGCGGGAAAGAUCUAACCUCUGACAGAUAAAUUCUGAUACAUUUUAAAGUCAAGAUGGCCGAACGGUUAGAAGAUCUGAACCUGCCCAAUGCAGUUGUGACGAGAAUCAUCAAGGAAGCUUUACCAGAUGGAGUGACAGUUGGAAAAGACGCUAGAACAGCGGUGGCAAAGGCUGCAUCCAUUUUUAUACUCUAUCUCACAUCAUCUGCCAAUAUAAUAGCUAAGAAAGGCAAUCGCAAAACCAUCAGUGGACAAGAUGUGAUUCAAGCAAUGGUGGAUAUUGAAUUUGAUCAAUUUGUUGAUCCGCUACAAGAAUCUCUAGAAAACUUUAGAAAAGUUCAAAAAGAGAAAAAGGAUGCGACAUCAAAAAAGAAGCAACAAAAGAAAGAUGAGGAUGAUAUAAAUGGUGAAGAUGAGGAAGCAGGGAGAGAAAUUAUUACAGUUUUCUAAGAAUUAGAUUUAUUAUAAUGUUUAUAA